AUGAAUCCCCUUUGCCCUUCCCAUUCCCGUCCCAAAAAUGGGGGCGGACUUCUGUUUUCGCCCUUUCAAUGGCGUCUUUUGGCCUUACCUCCUUCCCCCAUAAACAAAGGGCAGAAGCGGGAAGUCUCCGCAGAAGUUUUGGUCUUUGAGGGCAAGGAGCGAAUGAAGUCUCUCUUUGUGGUGUAGAUACCUUAUAAUCGAUCAACGGCAUCCGUCACAUUGUGAAAACGAAGGCAGGGGUGGGGAAGGAAAGGAGAAAGGGUUGUUUGGGGGGAGACCAGGAGAGUUCCGGGACUCCACCAUAGAAAGUACGAAGGCGAAGUAGGCCUGGUGGUAUGAUUUAUAGAAGUACUUGUAAGCGAGUUCGUUUUGCAGUCUAAAGAAAUGAGUAAUGGGUGUUUUUGUAGAGAUUUGGCUGGCACUGGGAGGUGGUGGAAACGUCUUGUCGAGACCUGAGGGCUCAGCUCUCAUCCCCUACUGGGCAGUUUGUCGGCCACCAAAAGACUGAACUGCUUCAAGUUUGAGUAAACAGACCAAACUUCUUUACUAGCUUUUAUCCUGAAGAAUCGACGCUGGACAUUCUCCAAAAGCAAACGCGAGAGAGUGCCUGUGGCGUUGCUCAAUAUCCAUUGUAGGUUCCAGGCCAUGAUCAACUCCCCAGUUUUUUUUCUCCACUUUAGAUAGUACACAGUUGAGUGUUAAGAGGAAGGCCACAUCUGUGGUGUAACCCGCUGUAUGCUAAAGCAUUUUCAGUCCUUAAAUAAAUUAAUCGUUUUUUAGUUGUAAGUGACUUGAGUAUUCUAGCCAAAGCUUCCUAUCUCUUUUUAAUUGCGGGUUAUGUUGACCCUGCUUGAAGCCUAUUCUGGAUGCCAAUUCCAAAUUUUCAGUCAAACCCUAUAUUAAGAAUUCAUAUCUUGAACUGCUAAGGUUUUCACAGAGAUGUGGAAACUUGGUUAAUGGCCACUGUCACUUUUUUAUUUAAAAAUAAUGUUGACAUAGAAUUUCAGCCUUGGUUUUUGGGAAUAUUUUGAUUUUUCCCCUUAAUAAGAGUUCUAAUUUUUGCACAGUUCUUCCUGGACUUAACAGGUCUGCUUGCAUUUGUCUUGGAAAAUGUUUAACGUUCGUUCACUUGGCAGUGAAGUGCCAGUUUACAUUUUUGAUGAAUCCCUGGUUGGAUUACACUUGUAAUCAAUGGAAUGAACAUUGAGAAGAAGCCAUUUAGGAAGUUUCAGAUUGUAAAGAAUUUAAAAGAAUAUUAUUUGGUAUGAAAUUAAGGAAUCAAUUGGAAAAAACCUUCUAAAAUAACCAAAUCAAGUGCAGUAAUAACAAUGGAGUUAUUCAUUAUCCUGUAAGUUAUCCUGUAAGUUCCUGAAUCAUCAGUUUGCUCUAAGAAGGGAGGUGCAGAGUUUGUCACAAGAACAAAAGAGUGGAAGGAACAUCUCUCUUUUCAGAAGGGUAUCUGAAGAAUAUGUGAGGUCAUUGCAGCUUUUGAAUGUCCUUGGUACUGUGGAAGUCUUUUAACUAGCAAUUUCCUAUUUUUUGUUUUUUAAGUCCAAAACAAGGAUUGGAAGUUACCUUUUUCAACAGUCAAGUUAUUUCUGUUUUCACACUUAUUUCCCCACCCACCCCCCAGGUCCUUUUUUAGUAACCAAAGGAGAAACUUCAACUGCCCCUUUAAAUUUUCCUGCUUUUCCUGUUUGUGUUGGCUCCUGGGUGGAUGAACUGCAAAUGCUGAAAACUUUCUGGAAUGUUGAAAAAAAAAAUGCUCCAUGCAAAUUCAGGGAAUGAGCUAAAUGUUUUAAUAUUUGAACACUAAGGGGCGCCAGUUCUUUCUUUUUGGAAAAAAUGUAAGAUUUUUAAGGUGUUUUAUAAACCUUUAUUCCCAAAUCAGCAAACUUAACUAAACAUUUAGAAGGUAUGAGAUGUCCAGCUUGGAACAUAAGCAUAUUAAUAUGGGAGCUGCUGUUUGUGUUUUAGGUUGGUGAUGUAAGUUUCUUCUCCAAAAUAAUUUUGGAAAAGUUUGAAAUUUCCUUUAGAAGUGAAGGAACUGCUCUGAACUAAAAAUUUAAACCACUGCAAAGAGUAGCUUGCUAUACAGAAGAAUACAUAUAAGAGACCUUUUAGAGUUCUGUAUAUGCCUAUAAAAUAUUGAAAAUAGUUUGACAAUUUCAUUUUUUUUGUAGCGGAAAGGAAAAAUAUGAAGUACCAAACUUGAAUCAAUCAGAUCCGUGUUUUUCACUCUAAUAAUACUGGUUAAAGUAAUGAUAAUUGUUACUGUUUUCCACUCUUUAAAAAGAAAGAAAAAGUAUAACAAGUAAUAUUUUUACUAGGAUUUAGUGCACUUUAAUGAAAUCUGUGUGUAUUGAUUCAAACGUGAGGUCUUUUAAAAUUUUCUUUCUAAAAGUUGAUUUUAUGUGUACACAUACAUUUGAGGACUCCGUACAGAAUAUUUUAUGUCAGCUCAAGUAGUCUACAUUGUAAUAUGCAAGAGUGCAGAGACAUAAAAUUUCAAAAAUACUUCAGUUUUUAUAGAACUUUAACAGUUGUCAACUGUAGUUAUAAAUAACAAUUAGUACCAAAGAUACCUAAAAUAACUGAAUAAAUACUAAGCUGCUUUUCUAUUGGUUUACAAGAUCCUUAAGAAAUUGGAUUACUUUCCCUAAGUGAAAAUAAACUCUUGGUUCCAGGAAUUGUUUGCUCAAAGUACUGUUACAAAUUCUGGAAACAAACACAAUUUGUAUAACAAACCUUUCUUUUAUGUAAAUAGACACCUGUUGAAUUCCUUCUGAUUACCUCAUGUCGUAAGGACUUUGAGGAUUAAAUAUUAAAUCCUAUUGAAUGAUUCAAGUACUACCCAUCAGGAGAAGAAAUUAGCAGAGUACGGAAGGACAUGUAUAACGACACAUUAAAUGGUAGUACGGAGAAGAAAAGCGCAGAAUUACCUGAUGCUGUGGGACCUAUUGUACAGUUACAAGAGAAACUAUAUGUGCCUGUAAAAGAAUAUCCAGAUUUUAACUUUGUUGGAAGAAUCCUUGGGCCCAGGGGGCUAACAGCUAAACAACUUGAGGCUGAAACAGGAUGUAAGAUAAUGGUCCGAGGCAAAGGGUCUAUGAGAGACAAGAAAAAGGAAGAACAAAACAGAGGCAAGCCCAACUGGGAACAUCUCAAUGAAGACUUGCAUGUACUAAUCACUGUGGAAGAUGCUCAAAACAGAGCAGAAAUCAAACUGAAGAGGGCUGUGGAGGAAGUAAAAAAAUUACUGGUACCUGCAGCAGAGGGAGAAGAUAGCCUUAAAAAGAUGCAGUUGAUGGAACUUGCAAUUCUGAAUGGCACCUACAGAGACGCCAAUAUUAAAUCACCAGCCCUUGCCUUUUCUCUUGCAGCAACAGCCCAGGCUCCAAGGAUUAUUACGGGGCCUGCGCCUGUUCUCCCACCAGCUGCUCUGCGUACCCCUACGCCAGCUGGCCCUACCAUAAUGCCUUUGAUCAGACAAAUACAGACCGCUGUCAUGCCAAAUGGAACUCCUCACCCAACUGCUGCAAUAGUACCCCCAGGACCUGAAGCUGGUUUAAUUUACACACCUUAUGAGUAUCCCUACACACUGGCACCUGCUACAUCAAUUCUUGAGUAUCCUAUUGAACCCAGUGGUGUAUUAGGUGCGGUGGCUACUAAAGUUCGAAGGCACGAUAUGCGUGUCCAUCCUUACCAAAGGAUUGUGACCGCAGACAGAGCCGCCACCGGCAACUAACCUAUGACCUUCUGACCUCUGAACUCUUCACCCAAUGAUGACCUGACCAUGCCUGCCUGCUGAUCAGUUAACUGGUAAUCGCCUUUGCUUGCCUGUCUUCAGUGCAGCGAGCUGAGGCACUUGUCCGUUCGUCUUACCAUCUAACAAAAAGACAAAGAAUUUGUUGUCCUCCAAUUCAGCUUUUUUUCCCUGUUUGGGUGAAAGUGGUUCUAGAACCUGCACUGAAUAGUAGUAAAGCAAUAAGGUCCAAUUCAUCCCUCCGCACUGAUCAUCUUUUAGUGUCCCACCCUAAAUGAAUGGUAAGAAGGGCCUCACUUAAGAGAUGGAGGCAAAUGUCCCUUAACUCCCUGAUGACAGAGGCAGUUACUGUGAGACUUCUAGGAAUCUUUUUCUUCUCAUGAAGAAGUCAAAGCUCUCUUUGAAUGUACUGUGUGAUGAUGCAUCAUGCAUGAACCUUUGGUCAGGGAUGUCAUUGGUGAAGGGAUUCCUAAAAGUAUUCAAAAUUUGACAUGCAGUGUAGUCACUACCAAUGCCCUCAAAGGGUAGAAGAUGCAGCCUUUUUUAUAUUACCUGCCAAAUUGGGUGUUUUUAAGAAAUUUAAAAGUGCCAUGAAAAAUAGGUUACUGGGUUUUUGAAUUGCAUCAAUGCAUAAAUAAAACAGCAACACUAUUGAAGCUAAACCUGAGAUACAGUUUCUUUCACUAUACAUCAGCUUCCUUAAAAGAUUACAUGAGUACAAGGUACAUGCAUUAUGUGUCACAUUACUGGGCAAACUGUUCAAAUAUUUUUUUAAACCUCCCUGUAUAGAGAAAAUUCAUAAGGAUGUAAAAGCCAUGCUUGCCUAUUUGCUGUAUACAUGUAAUGAAAUUGUAGAUAAAGUGUAGUGCAUUGAAACAAAUUGAAAAAAGUAGAUACUUUUACUAUACAAGGGUGCUGGUGCAGAAAAAAAUAUAUAUUUUUGGAAAUGUAGCAUUUUAUACUUUCAAGUGUUAUAAAAAAAGAAAAAAGAACAAAGAAACCCUUUAUUUCAUUAAAUGAUUUUUUCUGGUGGUUGUCGAGAAACAAAAGACCAAAAGAGCCUUUUUGUCUUUCUUUUUUAUUUUUUAAGUAUUGGAAUAAGAAAAGAAAGUGCCUUAUUUUCUCCAUGGUCAUUUAGUCAAAUGUCUCGUAUAAUCAGCUCCUCCCUCAGACAGCAAGUUAAUGCAUGCCACUCAGUCGCCCAGUAUGUGAAAAGAAGCUGUGAGGAAAGACAAAUGAGUUGACCAUUUAAAUUACCUGGUUUUUGCCAUAGCAUGAUGCAAUUUUGCCAGAUCCUUAACUGUGAAAUAGAAUUGUUCCACCAACAGCCAACCGCAUAUUUUUGUAACAUGUUCACUCUUCAAUUGUAGACUCUAUAUUUUUAUAGUACUUGCUCAGCCUUAAACCAAAGGGUUCUAAGAUGCAGUCUCAACCUAAAUCAAAGUAUCAAAUUACAAUAUUCAUACAGUAGCAAGUGUUAUUUUUCCCCUUCUUAGGGAUAGGUUGUAUUGUCUCUGUUUGAAAUAAGUGCAGGAAAGUAUAGAAGAAAUUGAGCUUGUGCCAGGAUAAUCUUGUUCAUGACUAAACUGAACAUUCAGGCAACCUGUCUUUGAGCAUGUUUUGGGUUUUCAUAUGUUUAACCUACAAUGCCAAAUAGAAUAUACAGUGCAAAAUUCUCAUCAAACUCUUACUUAAUGAAUGUUAAGUAAUGAAUACUGGAAAAGUAUAAAGUAUACUUUAUAGUAUGAGUUAACUGUCUUGAAGAUCCAGCUAUGCUUCUGUUUGAAUAUUUAGAAAAGGUUUACAUAGCUGGUCUAGUAGUAUUAAACACUUUACGCACAAAAGUGAAAUAUAAAAAUAACAAGCAAGUAGCAGUGUGCCCAUGGCUUUGAAUCGGAUUUGGCAAAGAUCAGGUGAUAACUUGCCCCUCCAUUGUGUCAACUUAUUCUCCUUAAAACAUUCACAGCUUCCAAUUAAAGGUCAAUAGUAAGUUAGGUAAGAGGGCUUAUUUUUUUAAGCACCUGCAUGGUGACUUUGUCAACAUUAUGUCACACCUGGAAACAAGUAUCAGUUUAUUUACUAUGCAAUAAACAUUCAUCAUUUUUGUACUCAGCUAGCUUUUCUUUCAUCCUGCCACUGGCUUUGUCUUCCUGUUACACUUAGGGGGUUUUUUUUUUUUUGGUUUGACUUUCAGUAUAUGCUGUGCCAUUUUGAUUUUUGUUUGGUUGAAUAAACUUGCGACACUCAAACACUUUGGAGAGAAUUGGUUAAACAUUACCAGUAUUUGAUCCAGUUUCAUCUCAACUAUGAUAAACCUGGACAUUUAUAGAUGCUGAUCAAAUGUUUCUUCUUGGGAGAAGUGUGACUUGUAAAAGUAAUGUUUGUUCUGAAAAAAAGUUUGAAGACUUAGUUGACAACAUUUUGGAUCAACUUAAAGCAUGACUUUUGAAAUCUCUGAAUGCCUUGGUUCUCAGUAUUAUCAUUCUUUAUUGAAUUUUUCUUUAUUAAGAUAUGUAGUUUAAGUCUUUUUUUCUGACAGUAUUAUGUAAUUUUUUUAGAGUGGGUAUAUGGGAGUGUCGCUUGUAUGUAACCGUACAGAUGACAUGUAUUCGUCUAUUCCUUUAUCUUAGUUUGAUGCUAUGUAUGUACCAUAACCAACCUAUUGCCUAUGAGAAACAUGUAAGAUAAUGUAUUUACAGCCAUUGUUACAAGUUUAUAAUGUAUUUUUCUAUCUUGUUUUAUAUGUAUGUUAUAUAACAUUCAGAAGAAUUUUUUUCCUGAUUGAGAAAAGGAUACAAAAUGCAAAACCCACAAUUUUGAUAACUGAAAAUUGCCAAUUGUUUUGCAGUACUUUAUUAUCAUAUUGGGAGUGUUGUCUUUCUUGGGCUUUUAGUUAGCUACUGGAUUGAAUACAUUAGACAUAUUUGGGUUUUAGUUGGGUUUUUACAUAGCUUGCAUUUUAAUUCUUUGGUUCUUUGCUGUUUCUAUUAACCCAUAGCAUUAUUUUAAUAAAUGUUAUAAUACCAACCUACUAACUCUGGACUAUGUCAGUUUAUUAACCAUUACAUGUUUAAUUAAAGUAAACAAGGAAAGACAGAAGAAUGUAAAGUCUUGAGUUCUUAGACUAACCCUCAAGGUGACCACAGAUAACACAACGUGACUUGUUUUAUGUUGUUUGUUUGGCUGACAUUCUGCACACUACUAUUAAAUUGGCUUUGGUCAUUCUGGCCUCUUACCUUGUGGGUAGGUGCCAGUAGAAUUGGGAACAAGUAGCUAUUGGAGGCAUUCUUCUUGUAGAGCCUUGCCACUUGCCUUUCAGCAUCUGCAUUACUAAUUCCACACUUUCUUUCUCUGAAAUAAUCCCUGUCAGCUCACAGCAGAAGGGGAAAGAUACCAAUCUGUGGUAGAUCCUAUACAGUGCCCAGAGAAACCAGUUUGAUUCUUUAUUGAGCCAUUCUGAGGUUACACAAAUUCAGUGUAAUUUGAAACACUCUGAUUAAAUUACAGUUCAGCAUCUCAAUAUGCAACUCCUCCUGUAUUGCAUGUGCUGCUCAAUGCAUCAUAAGCGAGAAAUAUUUCAUUAUUAGCCCAGCAGAAGCUGCCUCUCUCACUGGCAUAUAACUAAAUUUCUUUCCUGGUGAUCCUGAAGGUGUUAAUGUUGCAAUCCUCAAACUGUAUAACUCUCAGGUAAUCGCACUGAUUUCAAGCAGGCUGCUCCACAAUAAACAGUUUGAAAAUUGUAGCUUAAGUACUUACAGGAUUGUUUUUAUAUUUAAUGUAAUAAAAUAUCUACUGUAGUGUUUAAUGCCACAUAGCUCAGGACAAUACAAAACCGUAUAAAGCCCAAAUCGGUCAUUAUGUAAUAACUGGGAAAAGUACACAAAUGUUUCUAGUAGUACCUGAUAUGCUUAUCCAUAUGGAUGACUAUAGCAAACAGGUACAGAGGUGUCUAAUAAGCUUCCUUUUACUAGAAAACUGUUGUUUUAAACACUGGUUUUAUAGCCAAUUCAUCUUUUUCCAGAGUAUGACUACUGUGUACCUUUCUGAGAGAGGCUGUAUUAUUCAUGAGGAAUAGCAUUUGUUGAAAUAAAUUCCUUAAUGUUAUAUAUAAUAUGUAUAUAUCAGAUAACUUAGAAUCAUAAUAAUAGUAAUUUAGAUUUAAAUUGAUAUUAAGCCAUUAGAGUUCUUUUUAAAAAGAGAGAAAAGAUUCUGUGGAGACAACAGUAUAUGCUAGGCAGUUUUUUAUCCCAUUCAAGUGUAUAUUGAAGCUUUAUAUUUCACAUAUACCACAUGACAGAAAUAUAAACUAUUAGACUGGUUUCUGGCCAAUUAAUGUAUUUAGAUCACACAUAGGAAUUAUUUACUAUGAAUGAUAGGAAUUAUUACUAUGACUAAUAAAGUAAAAUACAAACUGUUGAAAUCCAGAGAUGUUUCAGAGAUAAUGCCCAACAGUCAUAAUUACCAAUGUGUCAUAUGAAAUUUUGCCCAGGAGCAACUUACUGUUUGCAAGUUAUGAUUCAAUUCAGUGUUACAAGUAAAAUUCUAACCAUUAUACUUUGAUGGUCAACUAAUAUUUUCUUAAGAAUGUCUAAAAAAAGUCCAUGGAUGUACAGAUAUUUAUGACAUCUGAAUCAGCAUUUAUUCUUAUUUGUAGAAUACAGACAAUGAGGCGUAACAUUUUGAGUAUAGUGCUGCUUUUUUUUUUUUUUAUGCAGACCAAGAAACUAAGAGCCUGCUAUGAAUAAACAGAGUGCUUCACUUGCUCAUGGAGAAAGAGGCAUAUAUUGUUUAGUGGCAGAUGCUUGUGCCUACUGGAAUGCUACUUUGGAAGACCCUCCUGGUCUUGGGGGCAGGGGGUCUUCCAGGGACCUGAACCCAUGCAUCUUGCUAACAUCCCUCACAGAGAUUUGGGAUCUUAGCUAUAUAAUUUCAUGGGAUGACAACUUAAAAAUUACUUAGUUUUUCUUGAAAAUUUAGUCCUAUUCCCAGUUGCUUGAAAGCAAGUCCCAUUGAUUCAGCUUCUGGUAUAGGAUUGCACUUUGUAACAUUUUUAGCACACCUUUUACUUUGCAAUAGUAUCUUACUACUUUUGGAGAGAGAACCAUGAGUUUACCUCUCAGGUGGUGAGUAUUUGUGGGUAUUUUCAUCAGUAUAAGACCUCUCUCUAAUGUAAAUAAACAGUGAGUAAAGUUUAAGAGGUGUUCUCAUUUUGAUGAAAAACAGUUAUAAUAUGCAACUGGAAAAGAGGAACUGAUCAAGGCACUAAGUACCACACUUGAUUCCAGACUUCUACCACAUGAAGAUUAUGAUUCCUAUUUGUGCAGGAAACUAAAAUUCAGUAGAGACUUCCUGCUGGAGGAAGUGGGCAAUUUCUCCAGUUUCUUCCUGCAGACCCCCAUUUUCCACACUUUCCCAGAAGAUCCCCCAGGAUGCCAGAAAAAUGUUUGAAAUGGCUGUAGGGGCUGCAGGGAGAAUCCUAAACUCAGCACCUUUCCUCCAGCACUAGCUGAACUCCUAACAAGCUAUGUUGGAUCAAACCCAUAAAGUGCAGCACACUUCCACAAGAAUAAGCCUCUCAGCUGUUUGAGGUCAUGUUACAAAGUUUGUAGAAGUUAAAAAAUGGCAGUAAGGCUAUGAUGUUGUAAAUUAAAGUGGAAUUUACUAUUGUACAGCCAAAGUAUGUUGCUUAAGUAGGUAGCUUCCAAAAUCUUUACAGUGAACUGGUAGUCAUUCUCCCUAUACACCACCCAAAAAUUACUUUAGAUUUCCAUUUUCAGUUUGACACUGCUGAAGUAAUUAUCAUUAGAAAUGCUAAUGGAAAGUGAAUGGCCAUCUGAUCACAUGAUAGGUGCAAAAAUGCAUACAUGUUGACACAGGAUUCUGAAACAGCCUAUUGCACAAAGAUAAGUCCACAAAUUUAAAACAUUCCCAGGGUACAAAAUUUGUGUUGUACGAGGGAUUCUUUUUCUUAUAUACAAAGUGAGUGCAGCUGCCAGUGAAAUACUUUAUGUGAUAAUCAAUGUUGAAUCAAACUGGUUACAAAGAAGGGUGCUCCUGGUUCUUUUGACACUGCCAGCUCACUAACUGCCAGCGUAAAAAUCCUGCCUUGGGAGUGGGUAUUUGAGAAGCAGCAGGUGGUUUACUUGCAGCAUUCACUUCUUGAUACCAGUUAUGUUGGUGGUUGACUACUAAUUUCAUGAAGAGAAAUUACUCCCAGGGUGAAAGGUUUGCCUCUGGGAAACUAAUGAAUAGAGAUUUAGAGAUUAAAACUAUUUUUAAAAGAUAUAUAUAAAUAUCCUUUUGAAUUGUAUUGUGAGGAAAUAUUUGACUCAUAUACGUUUUUGUUUGUGCAACACAAUGUGUUUUAGGAGAAAUGGAUGUUGCCCAAACAUGUAUAAAUAUAUUUUAAAAAUCACGCCUGUAAAUGAUGUGCAAUAAAAACUGGAAAAGUUACAUGUGCUUGAUCCUCAAAAGCCAAUUGACAGCUUGCAGGGCUGUCAUUUUAUAUUUUGAAAAUCAAAGCUAUUCUGUAUCUAAAUGUAUGGCAGAAUAAAGAAUGUACUAUUUGCACUCUUUAACUGUCAUUAAUGACUUUAGUUCCUUAAGAGAUUCCAGAUUUUGAUAUCUGGUAACUUAGUCCACUCUCAUUACAAAGUAUUUGUUGAAUGCUUUAUAUCAGAAUUUUAAAAAUAACAAAUGUGUAUAUAAUCAGUAAAAGUCAUUAUCGAAGUAUUAAGCUACACAUGAGGUGAGGUUAUUUGAAAUACAGCAUAAAGAGGAGUACUUCUGUUUUGCAUAGUUCUUAAAGGUCACUAAAAUCGCAUAGCUACACUAAAGUAGCAAAACUGCACAUUUCCCUCAUUUUAUAAUAUGUAAUUCCAGGAGUACUUAACACUUCACAUUAAUUAAGCUCUCUGCCCUUGAAUUUGUUUUUUUCUACACUACCUCUCCAAAUAUUAAAAGAAUGUGUGUUUUUUUAAAUGGCA